AUGGGCAAGGCUGUGUGGCUGAAAGAAAGGACUGGGUUGCGUUCGAGCUUGGCUGAAGAGUACGGCUGGACCACACAGCUAGAAGACGUGGCCGGGCUCUCAAUCGCAAAGCAGGGCAAAGAAAUGCGGCUGGGCACGGCCGAAAGAGCUGGGGUCGGAUCAAGUUGGGCAGCUUCUGAAAAUGCAAGCGGCCAGAUUUAA